UGCAGCAAUGGAGGUAAAUUUGUACGCUUGUUGCUCUCGCAGCUGUGCUGGCGGCGCAUUUUGUCUGUUUUGUAACAUUUGUCGCGUUGUUAUUUGCUUCAAGAUGAGAAUUGUAUCCUACAGUGUUCUGAUGACUCCGAAAUGGCCCUUCUAAGCGAAGAACAGUUGGAUGGGCGGCUGUCUCCAGAGCUAUGGCCCGAGCCAAUACCUGGAGUUAUGGAAUUCGCUGCGCUCCUUUCGCCUGCACACAUGAGGAGCACAAAGCCAAAGUGGGCUCUGGAUGAAGAUGGCCUAGUCAUGCUGCAAGAACUUGGCAGCUUGACUGCAGCAGCACUGCUUGAAAAAGUAAAGGACCUUCAGAACCUUGCAUACAAGCUGGGAAUUGAGGAAUCUCGUGAAAUGACAAGAGGUCGCUUCCUAGACAUUCUUCGCAAGGAUAAAGAAGAGGAACAAGAGGUGCUGGUGUACAGUGACGGCGAGAUGUGUUUGGAAAGCCGUUUGUGCAUUUGAUGUGCACAGGGGUGGCCUGUCGUUAUGCUGUCGUGGGCACUGCAAGUGGAGGACUUCGUUAGGCCAGGCUGCAGUUCCUUUUGUUUACCCGAGUUCAUCUGGCCAUUCGCAUCCAUCAGUGAAGCCAAUUGUUCACUGUGUGAAUCAUUUUGUCAAGGUGAAAAGAGUAUGCACAUCAGAUCGGUGCCAUCACAUGCAUGAUGUAUUUAGCUUACAAAUUACUAAACUUGAUUGCAGGUCCUGGAAAUGUAGCUUUAGUAACUUAUUACUGUUACAUGUUAAGCAAUAUGUGUGCCUUGUUUUCAUUGAACAGAUAAUGAAACAUGCACACAUACUUCAUUGUGCAAAGCAUUGUGCUGCACAAAUAAUUGUACACAACAGAAUUGUGUAUAUAGCACAAUAAUUACUCUACUUGAUGGCAAGUUCAAUUAAUUUAGGUUUAGUAACUUAUCUUCAGUUUAAGAAAAAUGCAUGUUGACUCAAUGUUUCAAUCGAAAAGUCGAUAAUCGAGCUAAUACAGGGAAAUGCGUAUGCACAUGCUUCAUUGCACAAUUGUUAUGCGAGAACAAGAACAUGCAACGGAAUGCUGUAUAUAGCAUAUUAACUACAGCACUUCAGGGCAAAUGUAUGAAAUUUACCUUUAUUAACUUCACUCUUUUAAGCGAAAUGCAUGCUCACUGAAUGUGUGUUGAUCGAACAGAUGGUAAUUUAGCUAAUAAAGUCGUUUAUGCACACAAA